ACCCUCUUCUUUUUCCUACCCACGUCUCCUGUGGCGGCGCCUGCUUCUUCUCUUCUCCUCUCCUAGGGUUUCUCUCCCUCCUCUUCGAGAGUUUAGAGCCAUCGAAUCCUCCUGGAAUUGAUAGCUCCUUCUUUUUCAUGGCGGCCGUCUCUCCAGCUCCUCCUGCUGACCAAGCUACAGAUCUGAUGCAAAAGUUAUCCCUGGACUCCAACAGCAAGAGUGACAAUGUUUCAGGAGUUACAAAGAAGACCUCAGGAGGCCAGUAUGCUUCAGCAAAUGGGGGGAAAGUUACUCCAAUCCCUACAUAUGAGCGUUCUUUUACUCCUCUGCUUCAGGAUCAUAAGGAUGCAAGUAUGUGCUACUUGCCAAACGGAUUCCCUUCAUCUUACUACUAUGGAGGUUAUGAUGGCUCGGUGGCAGAUUGGGAGGAUUAUUCUAGAUAUGUUAACCAUGAUGGAAUAGAGGUGCCUCCACAUCAGGGGGUUUAUGGAGACAUGUAUCAUCAUGGAUAUGGCUAUGCACCAUAUAGUCCAUAUCCUUCACCUGGUUCCCCAGUUCCAACUUUGGGGCAUAGUAAUCAGUUAUACACAUCCCAACAUUACCAGUUCCCAGCUGCAUAUUUCCAACCACCACUCCCUACAAAUGCUCCAUUCACAGCAAGCCAAAAUCCUAGUUCCAAAGUGAAUAUUUCUACAUCUACUGCAACUGAUGUUACUCCUACUCCAAUAGAUACAGCAAAAGCUAGUUCAAAUGGUAUUGCUAAAGGAAGUACAAAUAACAACAACGGAGUUACAAAAGUAAAACAGAGCCAACAUAAUACUGCAUCAAAUACAGGUGGUGCAUUUGGUAAAAGCAUUUCAUCUGGUGGACAACCAUCUUCAGGUUAUCAAGAUCUAAGAUACGGGUUUGAUGGCAUGUGGUCACCUAUUUCAUGGUAUGAUGGUUCCGUAUUUGCUGAUGGGCAGCAGAGACACACUUCCACUAAUAAUGCCUCUUCAAUGUCUCCACAUGAUGCGAAUACUACAUCUAUUAGAAAUCAGAACCUUCGUCCCCUUCCUCAAUUUAUGGGGAUGCAUUCGCCCAGAUCAGCAGUUCCAGGAAUGGGGAACAAGAUGUACCCUAACAACAGAUUGUAUGGCCGGAAUGGUAAUGGCUUCAGAGGCAAUCAGGGUUUCUAUUCGAAUUUGUACGACUCCAGCAUGAAUGGAAGAUGGGUAAUGCCCAUGGAUAGCAAAUAUAUGCCUAGGGGUCAGGUCAAUGGUUUCUAUGGCUCCAGUAAUGGGAAUUUGCAAGAGCUGAGUGAGCUUAAUAAAGGACCGAGGGGUGAGCGCUUUAGAAAUCAAAAGGGGGUUGGGCCUGAUUUUUCUCUUGCAGAAAGGGAACAGAAUCUUCCUACCGAUGUCCAGGACUCUGCCGUCCCUGAAAAAGAUCGAUACAACGCUGCAGAUUUCCCUGUAACAUAUGCAGAUGCCAAAUUUUUUGUAAUAAAAUCAUACAGUGAGGAUGAUAUUCACAAAAGUAUCAAGUAUAAUGUCUGGGCUAGCACUCCCCAUGGGAACAAGAAGCUGGAUGUUGCUUAUCAGGAAUCGAAGGAGAAGAUUAACAGAUGCCCAGUGUUCUUGUUAUUCUCUGUGAACACAAGCGGACAGUUCAUAGGUGUGGCAGAGAUGGUAGGUCCUGUUGAUUUCAACAAAACAUUAGAUUUCUGGCAGCAGGACAAGUGGAUUGGGUGUUUUCCCGUCAAGUGGCAUAUUGUGAAGGACGUACCCAAUAGCAUGCUGAAGCAUAUCACAUUGGAGAACAACGAAAACAAGCCAGUGACAAACAGUAGAGAUACUCAAGAGGUGAAGCUUGAACAAGGUCUUGAACUGCUUAAACUUUUCAAGGAACAUGUGAGCAAGACAUCUAUUGUGGAUGAUUUCAGUUUCUACGAGGCCCGGCAGAAGGUGAUGCAAGAAAGGAGAACCAGGCAACCUUAUCUUCAGAGAAAGGUCAUGGAUGGAAAACCAGUCAUGUUGGAUGAGAAGGACAAGGAUGUGGCAAACACUAAGCCUGGAUCACAGAAGCUCAUGGAAGUGGUUAAAAUCUUGAAGAAAGAAUCUGCACAAGGCGGGCUUAGGGUCGGGGAACUUGUUUUAUCAGAAACAAACUGUGCCGCUGAAGCUGCCGGUGUUGCUCCUAAGGUUACUAAAUCAAUGGCUGAAAAGCAUGCCGUCACCAUUGAUGUUGACAAAGGUUACUAGUCAUGACGACCUUCAAUCAAGAUCAAGAUUCUAUUAGUAAUAUUCAUUAAUAGGUCUUGCCUUGGCUUCUCCAUUGUAUCAAAGCUGUUCUCCUAUCCUAGUUUCAUAUUGAUUUGUGCUUGGUUUGUUAAGGAAUUCCUCAACGUAGGGCAUUGGUGGGGUUGGGCUUUAUAGGCAUUAAAGGUGAUCAAUCUGUUUACUAGCGUUUAUGGUGUGUAUUUUGGUCUUCCAUUUAGCUUGCCAGGAUCUCUUUGUUUAGCAGAUGCAUAAAUUGUGUCCCCAUCUCUUCACUUCCCCGGGUGUGUAUCGAUGGCCUAUUGAAAUGAAUAAAAGCUGAUAGAUAAUUUGGUAUCAAAA